AUGGCUUCAAUUUUUCAGCCUUUACUUUCAGCUUACCUAUUGCUGCUCCUACCUCUUGUUGUUGCUCAAAGUAGUGCUGGUGGUGACAUCGGCGUCGGCAGCUCCAUCGAAGCGACGCCCGAUGCAAAACAGUGGGUUUCUCUUUCAGGUGAUUUCGCCUUCGGAUUUCACCAACUUGAAAAUAAUAAUGAUCUUUUCAUCCUCGCCAUAUGGUAUUAUAAAGUACCAAGCCGCACCGUAGUUUGGUAUGCAAAUGGAGAUAAACCUGCUCCGACAAGAUCGAAGAUCGAGUUAACUGAUCGAGGACUGGUUCUCACUGAUCCUAAAGGUCAAAUGAUACGGAGAUCCGAAUUUGCCACUGGUGAUGUUUCCAUUGCAAGAAUGAAUGAUACAGGCAAUUUUGUGGUUUAUGGUAGUAGUUCCGAACGACUGUGGGAGAGCUUCGGGAACCCUACCGAUACGUUGUUACCGACUCAGGUGAUGGAAAGAGGCGGAGUGCUUUCUUCUCGGCAUAAAGAGAGAAACUUCUCCAAGGGAAGAUUCCAGUUCCGAUUACUUCCAAAUGGAAAUGCUGUGCUCAAUACCAUAAAUAUGGAAUCAAACUUAUCUUACUUUGCAUACUACUUUAGUGCCACUUCUGAUCAAGCCAAUUCGUCAAAUUCCGGUUUUCAAGUGAGGCUUGAUCAAGAUGGAUCCUUUUACGUGUUGAGAGGAAACAAUCAGAGAGAUUCACUCAGCGCAGAAGAUGACGUUGUUCCCUCCGUAGAUUAUUAUCACAGAGUAACUCUAAAUUUUGAUGGAGUUCUGACGGUAUCAAGAUAUCCAAAGAAUCCCACCGGCCGCAAUGGAAACUGGAGUGUUAGUACGACCAUUCCAGAUAAUAUCUGCACAUCAAGAGUCGAAAAGUAUGGUAGUGGAACAUGUGGCUACAACAGUAUCUGCACACUUAAAUCCGAUAAAAGACCAAAAUGUAACUGUCCUCCAGGUUAUUCUUUAUCCGAUGCGAAUGACGAGUACGGUAACUGCCGAGCAGAUUUCGUGCAGGGUUGUGAAACAGAUGGCAUAACUUCCCGAGGAGACUUAUACGAUUUGGUCGAACUGCAAAACACAGAUUGGCCAACUGUCGACUAUGAGGUGAUUAGCCCUUGCACUGUGAAUGACUGCAAAGCUUAUUGUUUGCAGGAUUGUCUUUGUAUUGUGGCAAUGUACAAGAAAGGAGAAUGUUUUAAGAAGACACCGCCACUUCCUUAUGGGAGACAGGAUGUACAAAUGAACACAAUAGCCUUUGUCAAAGUAAGAAAAGCUGAAUUUUCCCAGAAAAAUCCUCCCAUUACACCGCCACCUUACGGAAAAAGGUUUCGAAACUCGUUGACAAUUCUGAUUUCAGUGUUCUUAGGUAGCUCUGUGUUGGUUAACUUUGUGUUAGUUGGGGUGUUAUGCUUGGGAUCAUCUUUCUUGUAUCACAGAAAGAUUAAAAGAAACCACUGCAACAAAAAUGGAAUACAAAGCAGCUUAAGAUACUUCAAUUACAAUGAGCUCGAAGAAGCCACAAAUGGUUUCGAGGAGGAGCUCGGAAGGGGAUCAUUUGGCAUCGUUUAUAAAGGGGUAAUAAAAACAGAUUCCGAAGAUCCGAUCGAAAUUGCAGUUAAGAAGUUAGACAGGGUGAUUCAAGACGCAGACAAGGAAUUCCGAACUGAAGUGAGUGUGAUUGCUCAGACACAUCAUAGGAAUCUAGUGAAGUUGCUCGGAUAUUGCGAUGAGGGAGAAUAUCGAAUGCUGGUAUACGAGUACUUAAGCAAUGGAUCAUUAGCAAGCUUUCUAUUUGGUGAACUAAAACCAAGCUGGAACCAAAGGACAGAAAUUGCAGUGGGAAUUGCUAGAGGACUAUGUUACUUACAUGAGGAAUGCAGCCCUCAAAUUAUCCAUUGUGACAUAAAGUCUCAAAACAUACUUCUCAAUGAUUGCUAUGAUGCACGGAUCUCCGACUUCGGCCUGUCGAAGCUUUUGGGCCUCGAUCAAACAUGUACUAACACCGCUAUUAGGGGUACAAAAGGGUAUGUAGCACCCGAAUGGUUCAAGUCCAUGCCCGUAACCGUUAAGGUCGACGUGUAUAGCUUCGGUGGCGUCGAAGCUCUCAUGGAGAACGACCCGGAAGCCUUAAGUGACAAGAUGAAGUUGGAGAGGUUUGUAAUGGUUGCUCUUUGGUGCAUUCAAGAAGACACCUCUCUAAGACCCACCAUGAAGAAAGUUCUGCUGAUGCUUGAAGAAAUAAUUAUGGUUCCUGCUCUUCCAUUGCCAUGUCCAUCAUAUAUGCUGGCAUAA